ACUGCAGAGAUGACACUCAGGGUCUGUCUCUGUGUGACCCUGCUGCUCAGCACAGCUACAGGCCUGCCGCGUCUCAACUCCCGGAGCUCUAUAGUUGGGGGAGAGGAUGCAGCACCUGGAAGAUGGCCCUGGAUGGUGUACCUUAAGUCCACAAAUGGAACGCAUGAAUCUUCCUGUGGUGGUUCCCUCAUCAACACUCGAUGGGUUCUGACUGCUGCCCACUGCGUUGACUCGUUUAACUUUCGUUUGGAACCACUGGUGGUCGGCCAGUUGAAUCUUCGUGACCCCAUUCACUGGCAGUACUUCAUGCAUCGUGUCGUGAUCCAUCCGAGUUAUCGCGGAAAUGGGGGAGGGCUUCACAAUGACAUCGCCCUGGUGCAGCUGAAGACGUCGGUGGUCACCUCCAAACUUGUGAUGCCCGUGGCACUGCCCACUCAUCGGGAUGUCUUCAACGACAGGUCUGAGUGCUGGGUCACUGGAUGGGGCAAAGUUGCUGAGAAUAAGCCAUUGGGAGGUAAGAGGACCCUGCAGCAGCUGCAGCUCCCCCUAGUGGAUGACAGAACCUGCAGGGAAAAGUACCCUGGUACCAAUGACGACCAGCUAUGUGCCGGAUACAUGCAAGGGGGCAAGGACUCAUGCCAGGGCGAUUCUGGUGGCCCCCUGGUGUGUAAGUCGUCCUCUGGGAACUUUGUCCAGGUCGGAGUUGUGAGUUAUGGACAUGGCUGUGCCCGGCGAGGCUACCCUGGGGUGUACACACGUGUGAUCAAAUACACCAAGUUCAUCCAAGACGCCAUCCGCAAAUAUGGCUGAACCACAGCAACCUCUAGUGGUCAUGCAGGGAGGAGAACUACACCUCCACCUGAUAUUUCUCUGUCUCUCUCUCCUGUUUCUCUUCUGCCUCUCCCCUUAUCUAUCUGAUUAAUAAAAUCUUUAGCAGC